AUGUCGUCAAUGGUAAGUCAUGAUCUACUCAUUAAAUCUGCAUCAACCAACUAUAUUAAACAUUCCCUGACUAUUAACAUAGAAAUCCUUAAUAAGGAUUAAUCUCAAGGCCAGAAUGGCAUAGCCAGACCAGCACAAAUCUUAAACGUUGAGCUAGAUGUUGAAAAAAGAUUGUAAGCUAUGGUUCUUAAGGAUAGAAUCCGUAUAAAGCAAUUCUUCAUCGAUUUCGACAGGCUUAGAAAGGGUACUGUUGGAGAGGCAGCUUUCAGAACCUGCCUUGGAACGUUAAACUUCAGAUUCACCGAAGAGGAGAUCUUGUAACUGAUUAAUAAGUACAAGUGCGUCGAUAAGACCGGCUUAAUCAACUAUUCAGACUUCUGCAAUAACAUUGAUAAGGUAUUUGAUGAGGAGUCUAAUCCCAAGGAAGUUUUAGGAAACUCAAGAUCAACUGCUAAUUUCACUGACUAAGAGAAGAACCUUAUGAUCGAUGCUCUUCAAAACAUGAGAAGACUAGUCCAAGCUAACAGAAUUUUAUUGAAACCUUCUUUCCAAGAUUUCGAUAGAUCAAAGUGUUGUCACGUUACUGAUCAAUAAUUCUAAAGAGUUCUCAAAAAUUUGAAUAUCAUCCCACCAAAUGAUAAAGUUUUUGAACUUAUAAUAAGAAAAUACUUUGACAAGGGAAAUACUAAGGAAGUCAACUAUUUCUAAUUCUGUGCUGAUGUAGAUAGACCAGAGGAUAUGUUCCCAGGCUAUACUCCUAAGAGGGGAGUUCCAGAGCCAAUUUCAACUGAGGAAAAAAAGACCACCACAGCUUCAAGAGGAUUUUUCUAAGGUUCUACUAAAGAAAUCAAUGUGCUAGAAAAUAGAUUCUCAUAGCAAGCCGUCAACAUUGCAAAUGACCCAACUGACGUUGAAGAUAGACUUAGAGCAAUGGUCGUAAUGAAGAGAGUAAGAGUUGAGGAGUUCUUCAGAGAUUUUGAUAAACUCAGAAAGGGAAAAGUAACUAUCAAUCAAUUCAAGAGUAUCCUUUCUAUGCUAAACUUCCAAUUAACUGACUUGGAGUUCGAUUCUUUAGCUGGAAAAUACAAAACUAACGACCCAGACAAUCUUUUCAACUACUUCGAUUUCUGCCAAACUAUUAACUCUGCUUUCACGACUAAGGGUAUUGAUAAAGAUCCAGUUGCAACUGUCAAACCAGUAACCAAAGAGGACACAUACCUUGCAAGAAGAAAGUAUCUUGAAAUUAGUCCAGAGGAUCAAGAAAAUUUAAACAGCAUUAUGCAAGAAUACAGAACUGCUGUGUAAAAUAGAAGAAUCAAUCUUAAGCCAUAAUUCCAAGAUUUUGAUAUUACUAAGAAUGGUCAUGUUACCAAGAUGCAAUUCCUGAGAGUCUUGGCCUAAUUAGGUAUAUAUGCUCCAGAGAACGUCUUAGCACUAGUCUUGAAGAAAUAUAUGGAUAUGGGAAAUGCUGAUGAAGUAAACUAUGUAGACUUCUGCAAUGAAGUUGAUACACCAGAGGACAUGUUUGGAGUUGGAAGAGACUAUAACUAAUCAUUUUCAUAUUUCCCAAGAACUCAACCAAGAAAGGUCGAAGUCGAUAUUGUUAAACAUAAACCUGAUGAUGUCGAUGAUGUAAUUGCAAGAAUCAGAUAACAAUGCAAACAACAAAGAGUAAGAAUCGGUGAGUUCUAUAGAGACUUUGAUAAGUUGAGAUCAGGAUAUAUCACCGAGGCUCAAUUCAGAAUAGGUCUUAAUAUGGCUAAGAUAGUCUUGUCUAGUCAUGAGUUUGAUGAACUAGUUAGUCAUUUCUAAGCUCCUAAAGAAGGCAAACAUGUUAAAUGGAGAGAGUUCUGUGAUACUGUUGAUGAGGUGUUCACAAAGAAAGGACUUGAAAAAGCUGUAGAUAUGGUUUUAGAUGAUGCAAGAACUCAAACUAUUUAUGGUAGAACUAACCCAAAUAAGGUUUAAAGAAAUGUCUCAGAAGAGGUUGUUUAUAGAUUUAAGUAAUUGCUCACUAGACAAAGACUAGACGCCAAGAGCUUUUUCUAAGAUUUCGAUCGUCAUAAGCACUUUAAGGUCUCUCCAAAGCAAUUCAGAUAGGUACUUGCUGCUUUUGGCUUCACAAUGUCAGAUGAGGAACUUGAAUCACUCGUCAAAACCUAUGGAAACGCAUAAAAUGACAUUAAAUAUCUCGACUUCAUCAAUGAUGCCAAUCCAAACAAGGGUGUUAUUCCUCCAGAUCCUUUAGCUACUAAAUCAACAUAUACCAGUUAAUCACAGAAUUUUAAGGGUGAAGAAGAAAUGGAAAACUUGAUCUUUAAAAUUAAAGCCUAAAUAAAGAAGGACAGAAUUAGAUUAGGAGAGUUCUUCCUUGACCAUGAUGUCCUAAGAAAGGGAAACGUCGCAGCCUAAAAGUUUAGAGGAGUUCUCUAUUCAUAGAAGAUUUAACUCACAAACGAGGAGUAUAAUGUUUUGGAAAAUUUCUUUGCCUUACCAAGUGAUCCAACUAAAGUCGAUUAUGUGAGAUUCAAUGAAGAUAUGGAGAAGAUUUUCACUGAGAAAGAUCUUGAAAAAGACCCAGUAAAGAAACUCUCUGAGUUCAAGGCUCCAUCCAUACUUGAUCCUAAGGAUGUUCUCAAUACUGAUGAGGAAUAAUUACUAGACGGAUGUCUUCAAAGAAUUGGAUGGGAAGUUAAACACAGAAGACUAUUGAUAAAGCCAUUCUUCCAGGAUAAGGACAGAAGCAAGUCAGGAUUCAUUGCAAACACUAGAUUCAGAUCAAUUUUCGAUAACAUGAAGCUUAAAAUAUCAGAUGAUGAAUAUCAGCUAAUAUGCAAGAGAUUCCAAGCCAAGGCUAGCAACGAGAUCAACUAUGUUGAAUUCGAUUACGUUCUUAGAUUCUACUCAGGAGAUCAUGAGCCACAGUGA